AAAAAAAGAGGUACAACAAGGACAUAACUGAAGGUUUCAGAUGGCAAACAAUAAUCAGAGGCAAGUACAAGCUCAGGCCGCCGCUAACCCCCCGCCACCUCCCCCGCAGCCGGCAGUGCCAGAACCCGACAGCACCACUCCCCACUACCCGCAGCCUCGUCGCCACCCGCGGACAACACUCCGGGAUGGGCAGCGCCGGCUGCUGGAGGCGGAGUUCCAAAGGAACCAUUACCCCGGGGUGGCUGUCCGCGGGGAUCUGGCCAGACAGACGGGGCUGUCGGCCAUAAGAGUGCGGGAGUGGUUUUCAAACCGCCGGGGGACGUGGCGGCGAGAACAGGCGGCCAGAGCAGACGAGUAACCCUCUCCUUCUGUGGUCUGGCAGUGCAACUGACUGUUGAGCACUGCGAAGAUGAAAAGAUUCUUGCACAAGAUUUGCACGUUGCUGGCAAGGAUAAAGACAAGCAGAUGGAGGCAGUCAAGGAUAAGCAUUAUCCAUCUGUCCUUACAGACAACAGAUCAUCUCAUCUGCAGGUUAUAGAACCUGAAACUGAUCCUUGUGUGGUGCAUGCUAAAGCUCACGAAGAUGCACAUGACCAAGUUUGCUUGGCAGUGCCUCCUGUUGUUGUAGGUGACGUAGAAACAGAUACCAGCAGUAGUGCUACAUCUAUUUCUGUUCUGAGAAGUGACCAGGACAUUCAGUUUUGUCUGAAAGUGAAUUUCAAGACUCAAGUUGAACCCAGAGAUGGUGCAUAUGAACCGGAAAGUACUGUCGAAGCAUUAGAGGAUGUAUGCAUAGAGAGCUUGGUACUAGAACCUUCUGAAGCAACAAGUCCAGCCAGCAUUGUGGAGAAGGUAGAUCUAUCACUGCCUGCUCCUUUAAAUGACGAGCAGCAAAAGACUCCCCUUGAUGUCAAGGAGCUUUGUCCAGAAAGUCUGGACACAAUGCAAGCUUGCGUGGAAGCCUUCCAGGAAAUGGAGCUCAUUAUGAUCCUGCAUUACUUGGAUAAGAACCACAAAAUGCAUGCUGAGGCUAUUUAUGGCCCAGCUCGCUGUGCUCCUUCUUUCCCUUCUCCCCCAGCUCCAUGGUAUCCUUGUCCUCAAGAAGAAUCAGUUCAUCUUGAGGAUCCCAUUGCUGAAGAACCAGCUGACAAUGAAGCAGAAGCAGAGUACCAGCAGCAGGAAGUCCUAGACAUGCCUCAGACCACAGCCACGCAGACCGAGGUUGUCCAGCAGGAACUUCAAGAGAUCAUUGCCGAGCUUGUGCAGAAGGAGAGAGAGAAUGAACAACAGUGGUGCAAAGUGCCCCAUGCUGAGCAUAAGAGGAGGCAUGACUCAAGCUUCUCACUGCAGAUCCGAGGAUGGCUUGGUGGUCAGCAUGUUUCCAGCGCCAUCCACAGCCCUGUGUCCAAUGGUGUCUCCUCUGCUGAAGGCUUGCCCAGUGCAAAUGCUACCAGAUCAGGUGGUAGCCACUUGCUUCGUUCGAUAUCAGAUGCAGCUGCACUGGCCAAGAAGCUUGAUGUCCUGAAAAGUGGGAGGAAGAUACAAGAAAAGAAGUCGACCUCUUUUGGGAAACGUUCAGGGAGGCUGUAUGGUGGUGUUUCAGCCAGUGUCAGUGAAUGGGACCUUAGAAUUCAAGAAAGGUCUCAUGAUGCUGGAUUACAUGAUGGAGAGUCACAGCGGUCUCAAUCGCUUCAGCUUCUUGAACAUUUCGGGAAUACCAAGGCGGAGUUUAGACCAUGUUCUUCAUCUAGUAGUAGUUGUGGCACAGAUACAAGUGUUAAAGGAUCGGAAAACCUAAUUUCUGAUGUUAGCAGUUCUGUAGCUGCUUCAGCAAGCACCAGCUUAAGCACAUCAUUAGAGAGACAGAGCUCUGUGGCUGAGACCACACUUUACAGCAGUGUCAGUUCACUGCAGAAUCAGGCAUCUCUUGGUGGGGAGAGACUCUCACAGCUGUGUUCGUCUUGCUCAUCAGCUGCUCAGGAAGGAAGCUUAUGCACCAGCAGCCUUGGCAAGUCUGAUGAACAUAGGACAAGCACCAAAGCCUCAUUCAAUGCUGGGUCUUUGAUGAUGAGUAGAAGAGAUGAGCCACAUGCUGCAAGCACUGGGCCUACAGCUGUGCUUGCAGAGCAAAGCAGAGGUGAAGAAGUCUUUUCUCGGAGAAAGGCUAGUUGUGUGAAGAUUGGAGGAAAACUUAGUGUAGCCCUGCUACAGAAGGAGAGCAAAGUCAUUGAACCAUUACAGUCAAGUUGUGAUGUGACUGCAAAUGCUCUUCCCAAGCUAAUUUGAUCACGUAGCCUUCGCAAGUCAUCUUCAGAUAUCAUGAGUUUUCAGAAGGCCUUGAUGGAACUAAAAGAAAACAGUGAUGCUUCUCUUGAUAAGAUUGUAUGUGAAGACACAUCAGACACUUCUCUUUCUUGAGCAAAUCUGACCAAGUCUUCCAACAAAAGUGAAAUGGCUAAGAAUUCAAACAGUUAUAGAGACUGUGUCCUCUCCUAGCAGCCUUUUAACAUGGAUUGCCAGUUUUGUCGAAGAAACAAGCUUCUGUGCUUUGUUUACAUUUUUUGUUCUGGAACUUUCAUUUUACCAGUUUUUUUCACAUGCAAACAUUGGAGAAAGGAGAGCACUAGUCAAAGGAUGUGUAAAGGACAUUUGCUAAUUGAAUGUGGACAUGUGGUCUUGAAUGGGUAACCUGAAUUUAAAGUCUUUUGUACAUGUCUUCCUCUGUGAUCAAAAUAUGUGACAAUGGCCUUCUGUACCAAUGAAUACCAAUUAGGCCAACUGUUUGCACAUUUGUUUUAUUGAGAGAAAAAAAGUUGCUUCGGCGAAGUAUCAAGAGUAAACAAUCUUUCCUAGCAUCACCAGUGAAGGGCAAACUAGUGGUAUCAUGAUGACAGUAUUUGUUAAAUUUAAAAAGAAACUUUUUGUGACCAAGACUUUACUUGUGUGAUUCUGUUUCUGUGAAGACAUUUUGCGAGUUAACCUAUAGGACAAUGCCAUUACAGAUGUUUAAUAUUUUUAAAGCAAAGUAAGCGAGGAAGUAUGACCUUGACUUCAAAAAGACUUGCAUAAUAUAAAAAUUAUACAAUUCAUGGUUUUUCCAACAUGGAAGGCUAUUAAAUCUGGUGUUUCAUGGCAUUGUAUGUAUAAAUAUGUUGAGAGGUUGCUGCCAAAGAAGAAGGAGAAAAUUAAGGUCUGGCCUAUAAGUUUCUCACUGGGGUAAAAAGGAUUGUGAGCAAUUAUCAGUGGCAUUCUCUUACAGUGUCAGCACUGACUUGCAGUAUAUAUAUGUAUAAUUUCUGAACAAAAUAAUUUAUGGAAAGAAACUACUUUUAAAAAAGAAAAUGUUCUGUGAAAAAUGUGCAGGUGAGUUACAUAUUUCUGAGAUUUCUCACAUUCAUUGCAAAAUCUCCACAUCACUUGCGAGACUUCUGUCAAGGAAAUAUAAAAACUGUGUAGUGAAUUUGGAAAGUGUGAUGGUGUUGUGAAGAUUAUUAAUUGGU